AUGCCAAUCAGACCAGAUCUUCAACAGUUGGAAAAAUACAUUGAUGAUGCUUUGAGAAAAAACAAUUUCAAAUCUUUGAAAACACUUUUACAAAUUGAUGUUUGUGAAGAUGUGAAGAUUAAGUGCACUAAACAGUUUUUCCACAAGUUGGAUGACCUUAUAUGCAGGGAACUUAAUAAAAAGGAUGUCGAAAAUGUUUCAACCAUUUUGGUGUCAAUUGGAAGAUGUAGCAAAAAUAUCAGUAUAUUGGGACAAGCUGGGCUUGUAACCAUGAUAAAACAAGGACUAGUUCAAAAGAUGGUUACCUGGUUUGAAAAAUCUGAAGAGAUUAUUUUGAGUCGAGGAAAUUCAAAAGAUGAAGAUGUUUUAAAUUUGACAGAAGACUUCUUUGAGCUUUUGAUGGCCAUCUAUGACAUCAGUGAUGAAGGUAAAAAGCAAGUAGUGGAAAAUUUUUUGACUCGAAUUUGUGCCUUGGCUACCAACACAAAAGUGAAUAUUUCUAUUCAGCAAGAGACGUUUAAAAAAAUAAAUGCUAUGCUUGACAAAAUGCCACGAGAUACCAGGAAAAUACUUGCUACUCAAGAAAUGUCAACUCUCAUGAGUAGUAUGGGAGAAAGAAUUAUAGAUGCUGGAGAUUAUGACUUACAGGUAGGCAUUGUGGAAGCUUUAUGUAGAAUGACCACAGAAAAACAAAGACAAGAAUUGGCAUAUCAGUGGUUUUCAAUAGAUUUUAUUGCUAAUGCAUUUAAAGGAAUUAAAGACUGUGAAUUUGAAACAGAUUGCAGGCUAUUUCUCAAUCUUGUAAAUGGCAUGCUUGGAGAUAAGAGAAGGGUCUUCACAUUUCCUUGUUUGUCUGCAUUUCUUGAUAAACAUGAGUUGCAAAUACCAGCAGAUGAAAAACUUGAGGAAUUUUGGAUUGAUUUUAAUCUUGGGAGCCAGACUCUAUCAUUCUACAUUGCUGGAGAUAAUGAAGAUCAUCAAUGGGAAGCAGUCACUGUGCCUGAGGAAAAAGUUCAAAUGUACAGCAUUGAAGUGAAAGACUCAAAGAAGCUACUGUCUAUAAUUCUGAAAAAUAUAGUAAAAAUUAGUCAAACCGAAGGAAAAGAACUGUAUUUGUAUUUUGAUAUAUCACUAGAAAUUACCAAUGUGGCUCAAAAAGUUUUUGGUACAAGCAAAUAUAGGGAAUUUACCAAGAAGCAUGGUAUUUCAGUUGCCAAAACAUCUGUGCAUAUUCUUUUUGAUGCAAGUGGAUCCCAGAUGCUGGUUCCAGAAAGUCAGGUCUCACCAAUUGAAGAAGAACCUGUUAGUUUAAAAGAAAAAUUUAACUCCCCAAAGGAAUCUGUUAACCCUCUAAAAUGCACCAAAAAUAGCAGCCAAGAGGACAGCAUAAGUAAUCAGGUCGAGAUAACUACUCCUAGCAAAAGGAAAAUGUCUGAAGCAUCAAUGAUUGUUGCCGGUACAGACAGAUACACUGUGAGAAGUCCGGUACUAUUAGUCAAUGCAAUAACACCACGAAGAAGAAGAAGUAAGCCGCCACAGCUGCCAAGGCUAAGUUUCUCAGAAAAAGUUAAUGUUCCGAAAACAUCCAAAAAUGGAGAGGAUGAUGCUUUAUUACUUGAAUCUAGAACAUCUGAAAGAAGAUGUAGAAGAAAAAAUAGAGAGAAACAUAUCAAAACUGCUAACAUCGUAGAAAGAACAGAAAAUGAGGACAUUGAAUUCCCAAAUCAAAACCUGAAUGAACUCCAUGAUACCCUUUCUGAUUCACAGACAGUGGAAAAAACAGAUAAGCCUUUAUUUUCUAGUGCUUUAGAAAACAUGUGCGGGAACAAAAUUCAAUCUAAAUGGGCAUGUUGGACACCUGUAACAACCAUUAAACUAUGUAAAAGCAACAGAACCAGUACUUUAUCAAGAGACACAUUUAAUCAAGAUGUUUGUGUUCACAAAAACUAUUCUAAACAAAAAUCACCUUCAUCUAUAUCUGAUGAUGAUUCUGAAGAAACAGUGGAGACGAAAUACAGGAAAGAAAUAGAGGAACCUGACAAAACAGACAAAGCAGCAGUAGUUUGCAAAAGAAACAAUCAGCAACAAAAUUAUCCUAAAUAUUCAGACCAGAAAGAUACUGAAAAUGCUACUCAGAGUGAUUGGCACAUUGAAUCUGAAACUACUUUUAAGUCAGUUCUUCUAAACAAGACAACUGAAGAAUCUCUGAUCUAUAGGAAGAAGUACAUAUUAUCAAAAGACGUGAAUACUGAUGUUUGUAAUAAAAGUUCUCCUAGAAAAAGGCCAAACAGUCAUAUAAAAUCAGGCACAGAACCAUCUUCUGAUCUUAAUUCCUGGGAUUUGAAACAAAAAACAAUGAGAGAACAGUCAAAAGAGAAAGGAUUUACUGAGGCAGCAGAAUCUUUGAUAACCCAAAUUAAUAAGAGAUACAAACCAACAGAUGAUACAAAGUCUACAAGAAAAUUAAAGGACUCUUUGGUUGACAGUCGGAUUUCAAACAAAUCUGAUCUACAACUUAAUAAGGUUCAGAAAAAAAGUUACCGAAAAUUGAAGACUACUUUUGUUAAUGUUACUUCUGAAGGCCCAUUGGACGAUGUUUACAAUUUUAAUUUGAGUGGAGCUGAGGAACCUGUUAUAAAACUUGGAAUUCAAGAAUUUCAAGCUGCAACUAAAGAGACCUCCAAGGAUAAUUCAAUAAAACUGACUGAUUUAAGGAAUCCUGAUGAACUUGAAACUUCUCUCAGAACAAAAGAUAAAAGAAUGAUAUCAAGUCAUGUAAAGAAGAAUCUCUUUAGUGAUACUGAAACAGAGCACACAUGUGAUGAUGGUAAAACUGAUAUUAGCUGGCUGCAAGGAUCAAACACAAAACCACAGCCAAGUGCUCAUAACAGAAGUAAACAUUUGAGGAAGUAUACAAACAAAAAAUCAAGGCCAUCCUUGGAGAAGGGACAGCCAAGAUCUAUAAUGGAACCAAAUAAAAACAUCACCAAAAAGAAUAAUGAAACAGUUCCAGAUGGGAGAACUAGACUUCCACGAAGAGCAGCAAAAACAAAAAAAAAUUACAAAGAUCUCUCAAAUUCAGAAUCAGAGAGUGAAGAAUAUGCACAUUCAAAAUUGCAAGUAAAGGAGGAGAAUAUCCAUUCCAGAACCAAAACCACAAAACUACCAAAGAAACAACAGAAAGUCUUAUCUGCUGAAACACAAAAAGGACCAUCAAAAAGAAGGAAAAACUCAUCUCUACAAAAAGACACCCUGAGAGAUAAUAGCCGGGACUUUUCUCCUGUAUCAUUAUCUGGGAGUCCAUCAUCUAUAGAGUUAAUGAGAUGUAAAGAAAAAACAACAGAAAAGGAUUUUACUCAAGAUUAUGAUAGCAUAACAAAAUCACCUUAUCCAAAAAUUUCAUCACCUGAAUCCUUAAAUAGCUUUAGUGAUGUUGGAGGUUUAGGAAACUCACCGAGCCCAAACAAGACAGACUCCCUAAGUGCAAGUGAAAGGUGCUCACCACCAGCAGGACCCCUCUUUUUGCCCAGGCAUACUCCAUCUAAGAAUAAUACUGUUAUGGAUAGAAAAAAUAUAAAUUCUGUGGAGCUCACACAAGAAACACAAAAUUGUAAUAGUGAUUCAGAUGCAAGGAGUAAUAGUUCUGAAAAACAUCUUGUAGAAAUUGAAUCUCCAACUAUCAUUGGAAACCAUAUGCAAAAUACAAGAGAGGAAAACAGUUCAGUAUCUUCAAUGUCCUUAUCUAAUGAAGAAAGACAGAAACUAGUAUUUGACACACUCAGCAAUACUACUCAUAGAUCAGGCCCCACUCAGCAUCUUAGUUUCAAACGAAUGAUCAUAGAAGAUAAUGUAAGUAAUUCUGAACUAGAGACAGAAGAAGCAGAAGAAAGGAGAGCACACUUGCCUUCCAAAAGACUAUGUAAAAUGGAAGAUGCAGAUAAUCACACCUAUAAAUUGUCUCAAAGUAUAUCUCCAUUAUCACCAAAGGAUAUUUCCAUUUCUGAGGAAAACUGGGGCAGUGACCUAUCAUCAGGUGUGGGGGUGCUCUGUGAGAAGAUCAACUCUGAAUUUAAGAGGAAGCUUGAUGCGCGAAAUAAAAUAAUAGAGUAUUAUACUAUGCAGUCUUGGAAAACAGCUCAACAACAUCUGAAAACAAUGAACCAUCAAAUUCAGGAGAAUAGAAUUAAAAAACUUGAUAAAUUCAAAUUCAUCAUCACAGAAGAGCUGGAGAAUUUUGAAAAAGAUUCACAGUCUUUAAAGGAUUUAGAGAAGGAAUUUGUGGACUUUUGGGAAAGAGCACUUCAGAAACUCAAUGUAUAUCAGAAAAACGAACAGCAGAGGCUUCGUCAUUUGGAAACUGCAUUGAAUAAAAAUGUCUUUGGCAACAAUGAUUUUGAAGAAUCUGUAUUUUCAUCUCAGAUGUCUUCAAUGAAAGAAAACAUGAAAAUACUACAGGACAAACUUCUUAAACAAAUGCAAGAAGAGGAACUUCACAAUAUACGUAAAGGACUGAUGUCAUUAUUCUUGGCUCAUGGGAGAAAUAAUAAUGUGUAAAAUCUAGUUGCUAAUGUUUUAUCUAAUUAUUAUUUUUGUGUAUAACUUCAAAGUAAAGUAGACAGCACCCAAGAAAGUACACAUUUAUAGGAAAUGUGCACCAAAAUAAAAGAAACGCCUAUCUUAUAAGUGAAAAAAACUGCUGAACAUGACUUCAAACCCAAAAGAUGUUUGUCUACUCAAUGCUGCUCUUUUUUUUUCUUUUGUAGAAAGGGGAUGUUUUAGGAAAACAAUACAAGGAAUUGGAUUAUUUUUGUAAUAGUUAUAUUAGCUAACAAUACUCAUCAAACUAGUUCAAUAAAAUGUAUCACAUAAAAUGUAUUCUUAAUGCAUUUAUGUAUUCUGAACAGUUAGUAGUUUUAGAUUAAAAGCUAUAUUAAGAUGUGUAAAAUAGUUCACACUAUACAAGUUAUAAAAAUAGAAGGGUUAGAAAAGUCCUGAUUUAAAAUGUUUAUCUAGAUGUUAUAUCAAUAGUUUCAGCAUACUGUUAGCAGGUACGUUUACGUAUUUUUAUUUCAAUGUAUUAGAAUGCACUAAAUUUCCUACAGUUGUAACUAUGUUUCCUAAAUAUUUCAAUUCAGUGUAGCAGGCUGUUUGGCAAAUACUCUAAUAGUUAUUGUAAUAUUUUGAUACAUUACUUUUAUCAAAAUGAAUGCAUGUUUCACUUGCUAUAAUAUGUAAUAAAAUGUUUAUUUCAUUUGGA